UAUAAGGGAAUAAUGGAAAUAUUACCCAAAUGUAUUUCAGAUUAGGCAGAUAUGUAUAUGAUAUACACAUGUAUUGUUUAUAAAUUUGUUAACGAUUAUUACGCAAUAUACAUUUAACCCUGCGAGUGUUUAUGAAGAUAUAUAUAUAUAUAUAUAUCACUGCUCAAACGGGUUUUCCCACAACGACCUGAUCGAAAAGUAAAAAUAUAUCUAUCUGUGCUAAAGGACACGACAAUAAAAUGAUCGAGAAGUACAAUUUGCUCCGUCAAGAUUUUCUCAGCUUAGCUGAACCUUAUGUUAGUGGUGACGUUUUGAAUCAACUAAAAUGCAAUUACAUGCAUGAUAUUGGUUCCAGGCGCAAAUUAAGCAAGGCAAGGGAUUUCAAAACCUUUAUAAGAUUAUUAGAAAAACGAGACAUCGUCAGCUACAAGAACAUAGAACCGUUAUGGUUCAUAUCGAAGCAGUUUGUUCGCAACUCGAACUUGAACGACAAGUUGCUUGAUUAUGAAAAUUGGUUGGAAACUGCACAAUUAUCACCGUCUUGUAAUAUGUACCAAAGCGAUGAAGCUCCAGAAUUAUUAGAACAGCAAAGACAUGAAGAAGAAGAAUACUCAGCGUCACUUCCAGAAUCCGCAUGUGCUUCUACAUAUAAUUUAUCUCGAUCAUCAACAGAAAACUCGAUUGCAUCUUCUAGUAUUCAGAUCAUAGAAACAUCUCACUCUUGUAGACAAGAAGGAAGAGAUAAUCUUGAUGAUAAAAGAAAAUUACUGCAACAAACAGUGCUGCUACAAAUUAAGGAUAGACUGGGUCGAUCCUGGAGAGAUGUAGCUAGACAUUUGAAUAUUAGAGAAUGUGAAAUUGAUGCCGUACAAAGUAAAUAUCCUUACGACUUGAAAGAACAAAGUUAUGAGUUUCUGAACAUUUAUAUGGCACUGUCUGAUACAGAACGAUGGGCGAUAAAUCUAAUACACGCUUUAGAAAAAGGGAGACGCAGAGACCUUAAAGAGCUUGUGGAGGAAUUGAUAUUAAAAAAUAAUACAUAAUUAUAUCAAUAUAUAAUUAUAUCAUUGUUAUUAAAUCUGCAUUUUCAUUUAUAUUGCUGUUAAUGAAUCGCACAAUUUAAUAAAAAUGUUAUACAUAAAACUCCAGUAUUUUUAAAUAAACUGUUCAAAUAUCCAGAUAUUAUGUAAGAAAAUCUUAAAAGUAAUUGUUUGUUAGAGAAUCUCUUUCGAGGCAUCGUAAUUAGUGUGAGAUUUACUACUACAAAAUGGAUCUGGGCGCUGUAUUUUAACAUUUUAUUGUACAAGAAAAAGUAUUUUCUAUAUAUAAAAAAUUAUCAAAUCAAAUUAUUAUUGAAUAGUUUCCGUCGAUGUAUACAACCAAUUCUUAAUCCUCGUCUGAUAAAUCGAUUGAAUUUUUUAUCUCUGCUGAAUAUUAUUAACUGAUGCUGAAUGUCAAUUAUUAAUCGUAAACGGGCAGAGAGAAAAAAAAGUAUGUAAAAAAUGAUAUAUAAAGACGAUUUGCAUGAGCCUAGGAUUCACCAAGCGAGGAUUAGUAGGUGUACAUCAGAGAAGCAUUAUAAGAAAUUAUAAGAAUUUAUUUGCUGAAAAAUGAGGUUGCACAAAUUACAUUUAAACGUACAAGUUUAAUUAAUCGUACAAUCGUCGUCGCAUUAUCAGUCACAGAAAAAUACAGCAGCCC